AUGAGGCCCUUAACCUGUCACGGGCCUGGUCUGAUCGCAACGAUGAAGGCGCGCUACCGCCAGUUCUGGCUCGCUGCGGUCACGGCUCUGUGGCAGGAUGCGGACGCCACGACCGCCAUGGCGCGCUACCGGCCGAAUAUGCGCGACGUCAUCGCCUGGCUCAGUGAAGCGUGGAUGAAUAUCCCCAUGUGCACGAUCCAGCGUUGCUGGUGGCGCACGGGGUGCAUGCCGCGCUCGUGGGCCAUGGAUCUGGCGCACGUCAGCCUGGACGGCCUUGCUGCAGUUGGUAACAGCGUUAACGCCGCUCUCCCCAUCGACCUUGACGAGGACAUCGGGGAUGUCGGCUUGAUGAUCGCACGCCUCGGCCUUGGGCCUAACGCCAUGCCGACCGCCACUUUCGUCGCCAUCGACGACGCCCAGCCAACGUGCGCUGAGCCGGUCGAGGACCUGCUCGCCCUUGAGCCCGCGGUGGGGUAUUCGGACGCGUCGUGGGAGGCGCUGACUGACAUGCAGACCGUGUACGACGUCGACAAUCCAGAGAGCCACGAGGCGCGACGCUAUGCGCGGGCGGCGAGCGAGAUGCUUAUUGGCUACGCACAGGCCACAGGCAUCACGCCGUGCAACCUUUGCGCGCUUUUUGAAAUUCGGAACCCCAUCAUCGUUGACCGCAUGGAGCGCGCAAGCCCCGCGAUGAACCUAAUCACGACGCCGCCGCCCGCUCCCCAGCCUGCUGCGUCCCCUGCAGCCGCUCCAGCGCAGGCACCUGCCGCCACCACAGCGGCUACCACCCCCCGUCGCCGCGGGCAUGUUCUGCCGGCGUGGAUGUACGCGCCUGCUCCCACCCGCCAGCAGCUGAUCGACUCUGGCGUGAGUGCCGUCAUGAACGGCUACAUUGAUGCAGCUGAGUGGAUGACUCUGUGUAUGGGUUUGUUCGCCCCUUAG